UGAUAUGCUAAUAAGACAUCAACUUCUAGAAAAUAUACUUACUCAAUUUUAAGCACAGCUCAGCGAAGAUGGCGAUGAAAGAAAACACGAUUAUUUAUCUUGCUUUGCUUUUUCCUUCGCUUUGUAAUUUGAACACAUCAACAGAUGAAGCUAUUCCUCUGAUUACGGUACAGAAAAACGGGGACGAGGCACAUGAGUUUAUUCUAAAUCCAGACGCCAUUUCCAUGAUGAAACAAGUGUCUUCGCCAGUCAAGAUCAUUGCAGCUAUUGGAGACGCUAGAGUCGGCAAAUCUACAGCAUUGAACUUUAUUCAUUACACUCUGAGCAACGUUAGUUCCUCAGCAUCUGACACUAAAAAUGUCGAAGAAAUAUUUGUAACGGGAGACACCAUGAAUCCCGUUACUCAUGGCGUUUGGAUAGCGAAACCAAAUGGAAUGAACGAUGUCAUAUUGCUGGACGUGGCAGGGGUGGAUCCAGGUUUGAUGUUAUUCAUGAAAGAGUCUCCAAGUAAUCACACACUUGAGUUUCUGUAUAAAAUAGUUCGCCUAAGUGAGGAGGCCUUUGGAACAAAGAAGAGUGAAUAUUUUCCACGCUUGACAGCGGUUCUACGUGGAGCACUUAAACCACCGCAGGGCUAUGAAAACAUUGAUCAAUAUAUAACCGAUGCUUUGAUCACAGCAAAGUGGAAGGACGAAUCUGAUGACCAAAGAGAUGCCAUAAGAACUCGUUUCCCUAAAGACCACAUCACAGUUUUCAACAUACCAUACGAUGCAUCAACUCCAAAAUACCUCAAAACCCCCAAGCAAUUUCUAGGUUCAGAAUAUCUGGAAAGCAUCGAAAACCUAACGCAACACUUAUUUGAAUUGCCUGAGAAGAAGUCGUUAGGAGGAGCUGUUUUAGAUGGACCGGCACUCGCAGAAUUGGCCAAGAAUCUAGUGAAAGACAUGAAUGAUAAAACUCGUUGGAAUGACCUCAAUCCAAGUUUUUACUCUCUUUUUGAAGAAAACCUGUGCAGAAAAAGCUAUGAGAAAUAUAUCGAACCGCUUUUGCGUCUACGUAAGGCAGAAGAUAUGGAAACGCAGAAAGACGAAAAACUGAUGCUUUUCAAAGAAAAUUGUAAAUUGCCAAAGUGCAUCAUCCAGGCCGAAAUUGAUAUUGACAAAGCUAUAACACUUCAGAAAGAACGGGAACGGCAGCAAAACGAUUUUGUGACCAAUCUGAAAAUUGUAGUAUUAAUUGCAGCAGCGGUGGCAAUGGUGGCAGUAGUGGCACCAGUAGUAGUAGUACCAUUACUCAAUCAUUUUUUGUCGAGAUUUUUAAGCGAUGCUCAACUGAAGGAAAACAUAACUGUGUUGUAUAACUCUGAGUACGAAACUAUUGGUCUUCGUGGAGUAGAAUGGGUCUGGAACAAAGAAGCAGAGAGGCUAGGACUGAGUGGUAAAGAAUCAGGCGUGGUUGCACAGGAAGUAGAGCUGCUCUAUCCAUGGGCUGUGACCGAAGGGCAUGAUGGGUACCAACAGGUCAACUAUCUUGCUUUGAGGUUGUUGAUCUGGACGAAGAAAUUCCAACAAAAAGCUGUGAAGACUUGAUCAAAUACAUUUGAAAAUGUUGGCUUUAGCGUGGCUUUGAAGAUUUUCACCGAUAGAACCAUAACACUAAGAUGCAAGAAUAAAGGAAUAGAAAUCGGAUGGGACAAAUAUUCACGAGGGGAAAAAUGAAUAGAAAUAUUAAUCUAAAACGGGAAACACUAUAGAAGGAUAGACACUUUAAAAAUUGAUUGCAUCACUAAUUAAAAAUUUCGCUUGGAAGGACUUUUAGUGUAGUUGACUAGGUAUUAGUGUUAUACUAAAAGUAGAAUGGCUAUGUACUAUGUUUUCAAUGUUGUUUUUGUAAACAUAUAAGGCAACCUUCUGCGUGCACAUGCACGUGUUUUACUUGGCGUGGUCUAUGAUUUUGUGUACACCUUUUAAAAAAUCACUUUCGCACAUGAUAGUGAUAAUGAUAACGAUAAUGACAGUGACAGUGACAGUGACAGUGACAGUGACAGUGACAGUGACAGUGACAGUGACAGUGAUAGUGAUAGUGAUAAUGAUAAUGAUAUGAAAAAAGAUAAAUACAUAUUUUACCAGGGUAGGCCCGUCAGCGAAGCUGUUAUCAAGGAGCGCCCUGGACAAAUAAUAAAAUACAAAUAAAUACGAACUAAAUAAUUUAACUUAACGAUAUAAAAAAUUCUAAUUUAUAUAAGCUUAAAAACGAUUUCCAGAUGUUAGCUAGUAAAAGGAUUUCUAAAAUUGUCUAAAAUUAGUAGAGGACUAAAAAAAAUAAAAUCUUAAAUAUA